AUGCAUCACGUAGAAGAUUACAUCGAAGUUUAUGGUCACAUUCCUGUAGAAGUUAAAGACAAACUAAUCGAGAUUCAGAAUGUAGACCAGACAGUUGAAACUUACGUAAAUGAAAUAGAUUCUAAAUCGUCUCUUUUUUUAAAAAGAGCGCCAGAAAUGGACGACUCUCUGAGAGAGGCGGAAUAUCGAUCUAUCUGUGACGGUUAUGAUAAAGCACUAGGUUAUGCAGAAUCGAAAAUACAAAUUGCAGAUGGAGUGCGCGAUCUAUUAAACAGAUGUUUCUGGGACUUAUGUCAAAAGACCGCCAGGCUGAAGUCAGAACUGGAGGACAGCUGCCCAGGUGUCACAGAGAAGCUGGAGAGGGAGUCACUGUUUUGUGAUGAACUGUUGGAAGAAUGUUCCAAGAAGGAAAAUGAAGAACGCUACCACAAAAAACGCGCCUCCUCGCGUCGGAAACAAUCACUUUGUUCGCCAGCGUCUAUUGAAGCAAAACUUUCUCAGAAGAGACCAGUAACAGUGCCUUGCUUACAACCAGCACCUGCAUUUUCAGGUCCAAUAAAGCAUCCCAUGUUUCCCGUAGACAAUAGUGACACUAGAAGUUAUCUAUUAACUAAAAAUCGAAUUGGUACUCUGCAAUAA